GAAAAACAAAUUCAAAGUUGAAUCCCCAUUCUGAGAAGAGUUGAGAAACCCUUGCCACUAUUCAAUUUGUGAAGAGAAGGGAAAAGGUUUUGCCCAGAGAUGGCGGAACCAUCUAGAAACUUCGACGUGGAGAAGCUAAUCUCGUACAGCGACGACCUCGUUAAGGUAUUGCAGGACCCUCGUGACCUCAACAACCUUACCCACUGUCUCCACCACACCCUCUCCCUCUCUUCCACCUGCGACUCCGAUCUCAACGACGUUCGCUCCUCUCUCCAAGAUUAUCAGAGAAAAAUAGACGCAUGCAAGCAGAAAAUCGAGGAAGCUAGAUCUGAAACUGCUGCUGCUGCAGACCUAGACCUUCUGCAGAGAGAACUUGAGGACGAGCUUGAAAAAGAACGCAUGUUGACAGAGGAGUUUAGAGCCCUCAGCAAUGAGUUUAAUGAUCUAGAACAGCAAUGUAUUUCUGUCCAAGAGCAAAAGAAGACUUCACAACAAAUUGAGAAAAAUAAGCUGAGGACACAGAUGAUACUUUCAAUGUAUGCUUCUGUCACAAAUAUUGUGCCAAACUUGGAUGAACAGUCCAAAAUUUCAGGGUAUAUUGUUGAAAAAGAUAAAAACGCUGUUGAGACGUUUGAGUAUGACACCACAAAGAUGACUACCCUUGAUAUAUGUAAUGAUAUUUGGAAAACAAUAAGUGCGUGAUACAUGUGAAACAUACUAGAUGAUCCUUGUAACAAUAUAUUAUUUCUCAACUUUGAGUGUCAUCUUAGCUAUCCAGCAAUUCACUCGUUUGAUGGUGUAAAAAUUCACUGUUAAUUGAUUAUGAAUGGCAAUCCUGCACUAUUGAUGCUGACUACUGAGAGGGGGUUGUGAUACACAGUUUCAUUGGUUGUUUUUUCAUCUAUAAUCGGAUACUUGUUUUAAUCUUUACGUAGUUGGCCACUUUGCCUAUUAAGUAUGCAGUACAUUUAAACAUAUACGUAAGUUCAGUUGCUUCAGUUUUC